CCUGGAAAUAAGGGUACCAAGAGACCAGACCAUGAACCCUUCUCUGCUGCUGGCCCUUCUGGGAGGCACCCCCAUGCUACCUGGAGUGCUGGCCCUGAUCUGCCAGAAGCAUUUCCUGGAGACAGUUAGGAACUCCAGCGAGGAGUUGCUGGUGGAGUGGCAGUCUCUACCAACAGUGUGUGGUGACAACAGCCAGAACUGGAGGUGCCAAGAAACGCUGCUGCUCAUUGAUAAUGGACUCCAAGAGAACCUGGUGCUCACCAAGGGCUGCACCUUGGCACCUGACCAGGAGGCCCGCAUCACCCAGCACAGGGCCGGCCCAGGCCUUUCCAUCUACUCCUACACCAGGGUGUGUGAUAAGGACCUCUGCAAUGACCUCUCCAAUGCCCUCCCACUCUGGGACAGGCCCGCUUCCACAGCCCCUGGGCCUGUGCGGUGCCCCUUCUGUCUCUCCACUGAAGGCUGUCUGACUGCAGCGGGGCUGCCCUGCCCUGCCGGGCAUGAUCACUGCUAUGACGGGGUCCUUCAGAUGAAUGGAGACGACAUCUCUACCAAUCUGAGAGUCCAGGGAUGCAUGCCCCAAGAAGGCUGCAACCUGCUUAAUGGGACUCAAGAAAUCGGGCCGAUAAAUGUGACAGAGAACUGUGACACCAAAGCUUACCUGACCUGUCAACGGGGGGUCAUGUUCCAGUCACAGGGAAACCUGUCUCGGGAGCCUCAGGAAUGGACCGCGCCCAGGAUCCAGAUAUGCGGCGUGGAGGAGGUGUGUCAGGAGACACUGCUGCUUGUCGAUGUCGGACCCCAAUCCCUCCUAGUGGGGUACAAAGGCUGUAGCGAUGCACAGGAACACGAUUCCCAGGUUGUCGCCUCUCAUGGAGAACACCUCGGGGUGCUCUUGGCAGCCUACACUCAUUUCUGCACCUCCCAUGGGUGCAACCAAGCCAAUAGCAGCAGCGUCCUGUUGAACUCCCUCCCCCCUUCAGCUGUCCCUGUUCCUGGAACCCUGACGUGUCCUGUCUGUAUAGAAUGGUCUGGAUCCUGCUCGGGAAACACAGAGGUCUUGUGUCCUAACAGCAGUACUAGUUGUUACAGUGGUUACAUUUCUCUCAGACAUGAUGAUCUGUCCUUCACAAUACACAUAAAGGGUUGCAUGACCCAAAACACCAGGACCUUGUUACAACACACCAAGAAUAUUGGGAUCUUCUCAGUGACAGAGAUCCUUAAGGAUGACACCGAUGAGUAUGAGUACGAGUACUCUGAGGAAAUGCCUUCAUCUCAAAGCAAAGCUGUCCCUGCCUGCUAUCUGAUUUGGAUGAUGGGGUUGUGGCUACCCUUUGCCCUUUAGUGGGGGGGAAUUUGCCCUCAUUGCUGACCCCACUUCACCAUGAUUCUCAACCCUUUCUGACCCCCUAAGCCUGUCCUCCUCCUGACUCCAUAAUCAAAAUACCUGUCCUUUCUAUGCAUUAUCUUCCCUACACAUACCCACACACUAUUACCUUAUGACAAUAUUUGGAAGGGCUGGUAGCAGCUGAACUCAUACUAGGGGAGAUGGGACUUUCAAGCAGUGAUACAUGUCUGAUAAUAAA